CAAUAUAACGUUAACUUUCAGGUUUUUAUUUUAUUAUGGCUUGGAAGUUGGUAAGAAUUGCACAAAAUUAUCUCCCAAACUUCAGACUCGUCCUUUACUCCUAUCCUGUUUUAUCUUCAUCAUGAAUGUUAUUGGCUCAUUUCUACCGAAACUGAAGAAUGACGCAGAUGUGACAGAACUGAAGUAUGACUUAUCGUGUGAACUCUAUAGGAUGUCUACAUAUUCCGCUUUUCCACCGAAUGUACCAGUAUCUGAAAGGAGUCUUGCUCGAGCUGGUUUCUAUUAUACUGGUCUGAAGGACAAAGUGAAAUGUUACAAUUGUGGCUUAAUGUUAGAUAACUGGAAAAAAGGUGACAGUGCUCUGGAGAAGCACAAACAACUCUAUCCUAGUUGCAGUUUUGUUCAGAGUCUAACUUCAGUGACUAACCUUGGAUCCUCGUUUCGUUCUGCCUUUUCACCUCCAGCUAUCUCUGGACUUACCUCUUCACAUUCUUCAAUGCAAGCAUUAAGUUUGGGUCAAGUUGGGUAUUACAAUGGAAGCUUUUCCAGUUUUCCUCAUAAUCCAGUCACAGCUGCAGCAGUAGAAGAUCUGUCACAUUUGAGACCAAAGGCUUUCAACCCUAUGAUGAGCACAGAGGAAAGCAGAUUACUCACUUUCAAGACAUGGCCCCUGGCAUUUUUGUCCCCAACUUCUUUAGCCAAAGCUGGGUUUUAUUAUGUAGGACCUUCAGACAAGGUGGCUUGUUUUGCCUGUGGUGGUCAGUUGAGUAAUUGGGAACCAAAGGACAAUGCUAUGUCAGAACAUCAAAGACAUUUUCCAAACUGUCCUUUUGUGGAACAAAACAGUUCAAAUUUGACUGGCUUUAAUUUGGGCAUGCAAAACUACAUAGGCCGUUUCAGAACCUUCAAAAAUUGGCCAGUUACAGUUCCGGUUCAUCCACAGCAACUGGCAGAUGCUGGCUUCUAUUACGUGGGUCGCAAUGAUGAUGUCAAAUGCUUCUGCUGUGACGGUGGACUCAGGUGUUGGGAGACUGGAGAUGAUCCAUGGGUGGAACAUGCUAAAUGGUUUCCAAGUUGUGAAUACCUGAUUUAUAGAAAAGGUCAAGAGUUUGUCCGCCAAGUUCAAGCAAGAUAUCCUCAUCUUCUUCAACAGUUGUUAUCCAGUGCAGAUACACCUGUAGAUGAAAAUACAGAAGCACCAAUUAUUCGUUUUGAAUGUGGUGAAAAUACUUCAGAAGAUGCCACCAUAAUGAAAACACCAAUGGUUGAAGCUGUUUUGGAGAUGGGAUUCAGUAGAAAACUGGUCAAGCAAAUGGUUCAGAGUAAAAUAUUAACAACAGGGGAGAAUUACAAAACAGUAAAUGAUCUGGUGUCUGACCUUAUUACUUCAGAAGAUGAGAAGAAGGAAGAGGAGAAGGAGGAUCCAUCAGAGAAAACAACAUCAGAUCUGGCCUUAAUCAGAAAGAAUCGAAUGGCAUUGUUUCAGCGCUUGACAUGUACGCUCCCUAUCCUGGAAAGUUUAUUAAGUUCCAAAGUAAUAAGUGACCAGGAACACCAAGUUAUUAAACAAAAAACCCAGACAUCUUUACAAGCUAGAGAACUGAUUGAUACCAUCUUGGUGAAAGGAAAUUCUGCAGCAGACAUAUUCAGAAAUUGUUUACAGGAAUGUGAUCUUGUAUUAUACAAGGAUUUGUUUGUGGAGAAGAAUAUGACAUACAUUCCAAUGGAAGAUGUUUCAGGCUUACCUAUGGAAGAACAACUGAGACGACUGCAAGAGGAGAGAACAUGCAAAGUCUGCAUGGACAAGGAAGUGUCCAUUGUCUUCAUCCCCUGUGGCCAUUUGGUAGUUUGCAAGGAAUGUGCCCCUUCCCUUAGGAAAUGCCCAAUAUGCAGAGGAACCAUCAAGGGUACAGUGCGGACAUUUCUUUCAUGAAGAAGAUAAACCAUGCUAUUUUUUUCCCCAAGGAAACAUUUUCAUGCUUUCUGAAUGACACUAAGAGCUAAUUCACAACAACUUGAUGCUUCAAGUAUCUGCAAAAUACAAUCUAAGCUGCAGCUCAAUAUGCUGAUGAAGGUCACAAAGUUGAUGCUUUUGAGGUCAAUUAUCUCUCAAGUGAUUAUAUUUGAGAAUUUUGAUAGGCUGGCCCUUUUAUAAAGGACAUAAUUUCAUAAUAGUUUGGAGUGACGUAAAGUGAAUGGGGAUUUAUGUAUUAAUGUUUGCUACUGUUAAGUAAAAGAAACUGUUGAUUUAUGAUGUGAAAAGUCUGGAAAGACUGGUGUAACUUGUUGGCUAGUUGAAAAUAUAUUUUAUUUACAAUAAAUAAAACUUUGAUGUGGUUGAAACAUGCAUUCUGGGUCUGUUGUACCUAUAUUCAUUGUAGAAUAAUUGAGUAACUACAGAGGUAUUAUGUACCAUAAUUCAUAAGCAUCUUGAAAUACAGUGUUAAAUAUCUUUGAAAUUAAGCAAUGUUGUCAAGUAUUUUGCAGAAUUUUUUUUUUAAUUUGAUUUGCAAACUUUUAUUAUGUUCAGUAGAUUUCAGGUUGUACUCGA